GUCCAGCCUUGGGCCUGAGGUGCCGGGCCCAAGCGGGCUCACGCGUGGCGGGGAGUUCAGAAGACAGUUGCGCGGCGCGUGAGGGCACUAGCCGCCCAGGAGCUGCCGCGCCGGCCCGAUUUUCCGCGGCUGUAUAAGGAGUAGCGCUUCGGUAGCCGGGGAGCUGGAGGGGAACCUGAUUUGAGAUCAAUUCUUGGAGAACACAAGGAAGUGUGGUGGUACGUUCCAGAUCGUGCAGAUUUUCAAGAAUUCCACUAGUAUUUCUUGGAAGCCUUCUAAUAGACAUCCGUACUCCCUUUUGAACCUUGGGGGUCAUCAGUACUGCUAAAACUGUUCCCAUAGACGCUCUUGGAAGACCUAAGCUAAGAGAAGAUAAAAGAAUGAAGAAAAAAGACAAGUUGUAGAAGAUCAGAAAGGGAAGAGAGAGUGAAGAUAGUGAGGUGUAUUUGGAGAGGAAGCCUCAGGACUAUUCUGUAACACCAAAGCCAUUCGUUGCUGUCCUGUGUUCCAAAAGUCAGAAAAAAUGCCUUUACUUUGAUAAAGAACAGAAGGUAUACUAUGUGGAGGUGAACUGGUCAAACGUGGAUCUUGGUCGAAUGCAUCCAUCAGUUGUAUUGGACUUACAAAACUCUGCCCUUGACAUUUAAAGAUGACCCUUAUCAUUGCUACUGAUCUCUCUUGGCAAAUGACUACCUUUUGUAUGCUGCUUCCCUGUGAAAACUACCCCUUGAUUUGCAGUCAAAGCCACUAUUUGAAGAUUUUUUUUUAUGUGCCUGUGCUUCUGAUACUCUGGGCCCAAAUCCUGGCUCAGAAACAACAAUCCUCUCCCUAAGGUCUGCUGCCACAUCCCAACACUGUCUCAGGGGUGUUUGAGGAUUGAACCAGCUGCCCUUUGACCCUGCCAACAACAACGAGCCCCUGCAGUUUGGUAGUGCCAGUGGCCCUCUGGUCACAGAAGGCCUCAUUGAGAAUGGAGGGGAGUCAAGCAAGAAAAGAAAGAGAACAAAUGCUCCUUCAGCUGAUAAUAGUAGAACUCUGAAUGUGGAUUCCACUGCAAUGACACUACCUAUGUCUGAUCCAACUGCAUGGGCCACAGCAAUGAAUAAUCUUGGAAUGACACCGCUGGGAAUUGCUGGACAACCAAUUUUACCUGACUUUGAUCCUGCUCUUGGAAUGAUGACUGGAAUUCCACCAAUAACUCCAAUGAUGCCUGGCCUGGGAAUAGUACCUCCUCCCAUUCCACCAGAUAUGCCAGUCGUGAAGGAGAUCAUACACUGUAAAAGUUGCACACUCUUCCCUCCAAAUCCAAAUCUUCCACCUCCUGCAACCCGAGAACGACCACCAGGAUGCAAAACAGUCUUUGUGGGCGGCCUGCCUGAAAAUGGAACAGAGCAGAUCAUUGUAGAAGUGUUUGAACAGUGUGGAGAGAUCAUUGCUAUUCGGAAGAGCAAAAAGAAUUUUUGUCACAUUCGCUUUGCAGAGGAGUACAUGGUGGACAAAGCCCUUUAUCUUUCUGGUUACCGCAUUCGCCUGGGCUCUAGCACUGACAAGAAGGACACAGGCCGGCUCCACGUUGAUUUUGCACAGGCUCGGGACGACCUGUAUGAGUGGGAAUGCAAACAGCGUAUGCUUGCAAGGGAGGAGCGCCAUCGUAGAAGGAUGGAAGAAGAAAGAUUGCGCCCACCAUCCCCACCCCCAGUGGUCCACUAUUCAGAUCAUGAAUGCAGCAUUGUUGCUGAAAAACUGAAAGAUGAUUCCAAAUUCUCAGAAGCUGUACAGACCUUACUCACCUGGAUUGAGCGAGGAGAGGUGAACCGUCGCAGCGCCAACAACUUCUACUCCAUGAUCCAGUCGGCUAACAGCCACGUCCGCCGCCUGGUAAAUGAGAAAGCUGCCCAUGAGAAAGACAUGGAAGAAGCAAAGGAGAAGUUCAAGCAAGCCCUUUCUGGAAUUCUCAUUCAAUUUGAGCAGAUAGUAGCUGUGUACCAUUCCGCCUCCAAACAAAAGGCAUGGGACCACUUCACAAAAGCCCAGCGUAAAAACAUCAGCGUUUGGUGCAAACAAGCUGAGGAAAUUCGCAACAUACAUAAUGAUGAAUUAAUGGGAAUCAGGAGAGAAGAAGAAAUGGAGAUGUCUGAUGAUGAAAUAGAAGAAACAACAGAAACAAAAGAAACUGAGGAAUCAGCUUUAGUAUCACAGACAGAAGCACUGAAGGAAGAAAAUGACAGCCUCCGUUGGCAGCUCGAUGCCUAUCGGAAUGAGGUAGAGCUGCUCAAGCAAGAACAAGGCAAAGCCCACAGAGAAGAUGACCCAAACAAGGAGCAGCAGCUAAAACUCCUGCAACAAGCCCUUCAAGGAAUGCAACAGCAUCUACUCAAAGUCCAAGAGGAAUACAAAAGGAAAGAAGCUGAACUGGAAAAAAUCAAAGAUGACAAAUUACAGGUGGAAAAAAUGUUGGAAAAUCUUAAAGAAAAGGAAAGCUGUGCUUCUAGACUGUGUGCAUCAAGCCAGGAUAGUGACUACCCUCUGGAGAAGACUCUCAACAGCAGUCCUAUCAAAUCUGAACGUGAAGCACUGCUAGUGGGGAUUAUCUCCACAUUCCUUCAUGUCCACCCAUUUGGAGCAAGCAUUGAAUACAUUUGUUCCUACUUGCACCGUCUAGAUAAUAAGAUCUGCACCAGUGAUGUGGAAUGUCUCAUGAGCAGACUCCAGCAUACCUUCAAGCAGGAAAUGACUGGAGUUGGAGCCAGUCUGGAGAAAAGGUGGAAAUUCUGUGGCUUUGAGGGCUUGAAACUGACCUGA